GCCAUUGUCUUAGUAGGUUAGAGUGCUGGGUGAAGGAACCAUGUGCACCAACGACAGGACGGCUAUGUCACCGGGUACACGGGCCAGGUUUUGCGCUGGUAAGUGGGGCGAUGAUGUUCGGUCGCGUUGGUGCGUGUCUCAUGCGUUUCAUUCGUUAUCUUUUGCGAUAACCGACUUCUGCCAUCGCGAAUCCAUUCUUUUCGCCCAGCAAGGUACAUUAGCUAUCGGAAUUUCGCCAUGCAAGCACUAAGGUUCGAGAAGACCGGCUCACUCGACAAUCUGUCGCUGGCCAACAUAGAGAAACCACCUCUGGCACCCGGGGAGGCUCUCGUACGCGUUAAAGCUGCGGGUAUUAACGGUUCUGAUGCGGCAGCCGUCCUCGGCAUACUUCCUUUCGUAACUACGCCACGCACACCUGGAAGAGACUUCUCAGGACAAGUUGUUGAAGCUCUAGAUGACUCAGGUGUCGUCCUCCCGGAAUGGGUCGGCGCAGAUGUGUGGGGAACCGGAAGCGAGCGAGGCUUUACAUCUGAUGGAACAUUCGCAGAGUACGUCAAGGUACCCGUGACGGCUCUAAGCCAGAAGCCGAAGACACUGAGCCACUGUGAAGCAGCUAGCAUGACGCUCCCGUGGCUUUGCGCAUGGAUAACAGUGGAUACACUGGCGAAUGUCAAGAAGGGUGACAAUGUGAUCAUCAUCGGCGCUCGUGGAGGCAUUGGUUCCGCUGCAGCCCAGUUGUGCAAGGACCAGGGUGCCCGCAUUUUUGGAACGUUCACCUCACUCGCAAACGUCACACCACCAAGCUACCUGACGCCUAUCGAACUCACCUCUAGCACUGCCAUCCGUGAAGCCAUUGCAAAAGAAGGGCUGCAGAAUAAGAUCGACGUCUUGUUAGACUGUGCAGGCUAUGAAACACCUUUCAACGAUGCUCUCUUUACCAUGACACCAGUGGGGACUGGGCGAGUCGUCGUGAUGGCUGCGCAUGCGAAGGAUGGGCUGUUCCCCAUUAACAUGCGUACUUUCUACACGAAAGCGUUGACUAUGAAGGGAAUGAAGUCGAGUAUCCUCAACUCGGGCGAGAUCAAGGCGUUUCUGGACGAGUUGUCAUCAAAGAUCGACAGUGGAGCAUUUGAAGGACCAAAGGCAAUUAAAACUGUGGACAUGCGGGAUAUGGGCGCUGUCCGAGCUGCGUUGCAGGAAAUCUUAACGCGGGCAGCGCAUGUCCGAUCUGUCAUCGUACCAUGAGAUGCUUUUUUAUGGGCAUCAUUGUACACAAUGUACUACCUUUUGUACCUGUCUGGUGUACAAUCCCUUCAAUCACGUAUUCAUACUCAAUCCCACUGUCAGUCAAACAUUCACUGGAUAUAUUGA